CUUUAGUGCUCAUAAUCCAUACCGUGGUGGUCUUUCGCCCUUAGCUGAUCCGGUGGUCUUCAUGAAGUGCUCACAGCCCGUUGCUUCUGCUUUUUAUAUCAAUACUGAACCAUGUAUUGAGGAAGCAUCCCUUUUUGAUACACCCCCUAAUUUUUCCCAAAUGAAGGCAUACUCAUACGCUUUGUAUGGGUCUGAUCUACUAAUACGGGACAUCGAGGAUUCUUGCAACAUAACCAUGAUCACUCUCUUAUCGAGCCAGGAAGUGGAUCGGUAUAAACGUGUGAGCCCACCGUAUACGGACCUCCACAACAUGAUGGCUGAAGGAUUCGAACUCUUAUAUUCUGGAUCUUAUUCGUCGGAAAUAUUCCAGAUUUGCGCGAUAAGUUUCAGAUACCGAAUGGUGUGGUGCAACCCAUAUGACUCCUCUGAUGACAUGCGCCUUUUUGCGCUCCGUCUUGUGCCUGUUGCAGUAUUGAAUCUCUUCUUUUUCUUGGUCCACUUCCUAGCAGCAAAAUUCAUACUUGGAGCUCCGUGUGUGUUGAUACUUCUAAUCUUAAAGUGGAUGAGAAGGCAUCAGGCGGCCGACGCAAAUAUCGAAGAAUUCCUACUAGCUCACAACAACUUUUUGCCCAUAAGGUACUCUUACUCGGAUAUAAAGAAGAUCACAAAAAAUUUCAAAUGCAAGUUAGGUGAAGGGGGAUAUGGUUCUGUAUAUAGAGGAAUACUUAGAAGUGGCAAUGAAGUUGCAGUUAAGAUUUUGAACAAAUCAAAAUCUAAUGGCUAGGAUUUUAUAAGCGAAGUGGCCACAAUUGGAAGGAUCCACCACAUUAAUGUGGUGCAACUUGUUGGUUUUUGCUUCGAUUACUCCAAACAAGCUCUUGUCUAUGAUUUCAUGCCGAAUGGAUCUUUGGAUAAACACAUUUCCUAUAAGGAUGGUGAUGAUCCUCUUAAUUCUAAGAAAAUGUAUGAGAUCUCUCUUGGCAUAGCUAGAGGGAUAGAGUAUCUACAUCGGGGAUGUGAUAUGCAAAUUCUACAUUUUGACAUCAAGCCUCACAACAUUCUCCUAGACCGAAGUUUCACUCCGAAAGUUUCUGACUUUGGACUUGCAAGACUUUAUCCCACCGAUCGCAAUAUAGUAUCGCUGACUGCAGCAAGAGGAACCUUGGGUUAUAUGGCUCCUGAGCUAUUCUAUAAAGACAUUGGUGGCAUUUCUUACAAAGCCGAUGUUUAUAGUUUUGGGAUGUUAUUAAUGGAAAUGGCCGGUAGAAGGAGAACUCUAAAUGCACAUGCAGAGCGUUCGAGUCAAAUUUACUUUCCUUUGUGGGUUUAUGAUCAACUUGGUAAAGAAAAGGAACUUGAAAGGGUAGAUGUCAUAGAAGAGGAAAGAGAAACAUCAAGGAAGAUGAUAAUCGUUGCAUUGUGGUGUAUACAAUUGAGCCCUAAUGGUUGGCCGUCGAUGAGGAAAGUCCUAGAUAUGCUUGAAGGAGAUAUGGAUAGACUGCAAUUGCCUCCAAAACCACUUUUGUAUCCAAUGGAGGCACCGGUUGAUGAUGUUGACGCUGAGAUAGAACUUGAAACAGUCUCAUCUUUGUCAAGUACUCUGAUAGUUUCUAGUGGUUACCAAUUUUAG